AUGGCGGCCUGGGAAGUGGCGCUGCUCCUGUCGUGGCUGAGCUGCUGCGGCUCGGCCUUGUGGAGGUAUUACACUAGAAGCCCGAGCUAUGCCAUUUUUAGUAUCAGAAGUACUAUUAAGUUAGAAUAUGAAGGAACCGAUUUUUCUGAGUGGAUUGUGCCAGAAACUUGCUCUAUCCAAGAUAAAAGAUCACCCAGGACAGAAUUGCGUUGUUCUUCUCCUGGUUUUCAAGCUAUAAGACCAGUUGUUACAGGCCCAGUAAAAGAAGAACGCAAUUUGUUUGUGACUGAGUCUCACAUCUGUUUUUUUUGGUAUUUCACGAUUAAAAAUCUCUUUGUCAACUUUACCCAGCUUAUCACUAUAUGGGUAUACGAUCCAGAAAAUGCAGGUCCCGAUGAGCUACUGAUGACCGCUGAAGAGCCUUCAUUAAAUUCCUUAGUACUAAGCAAGCAGUUGGCCAUUUUGGGACAGAAGCCGACCAUAUAUACAUUUCUACAGAAAAAUGUGUAUUAUUCCUAUGAAAGCCAUAGAAAAGGAAUCUGGCAUAUGAUAAUACCAAUGACAUCAGACGAUGUGAUAAAGGAGAUUAAAGGGAACCAAGUAGUUUUUCAAGAUUGCUUCAUUGCAGAUGGUCUUUUUCUGAUGACCUUUCCUACAUCAACUAUUCCAGAGCAUCCUGCUUUCUUACCACUCUCCUCACCACCCGGGAGUCAGAUCAUUUCGACCUGGGUUGCUUGUAUUCCUUCAUCUGUUGUGGUAGUCACUGAGAUGGAAACCUUUCAAACACUGGAUUCAUUUCGCACUUGGAGCAAAGUCAGAGUGCCUCCCAAUGUCCUGAGUGACAGUGAAAGACACAACGUAAGCAAGGUGGAACUAUCAUCGGAUGGAAUUUUUUUUUUAAUAAAUGGUGUUCUUUACUUAAGAAAUAGUUAUUUGUUGAUGAAACUAGGAAGAGAGUAUAAUCUACCAGAUGAAAUCAUUGGCAUUAGAGCAAGAAAAUGGUGCUGGGUGAAAUAUAUAUUCAAGAAUGAAGUAGAAAAAAGCAGCCUGAUAAUCUGGACAAAAGAUGAAGUUUACCUUGGAUAUACUAAACUUAAAUUCAUCCAAAUAGGAACCAUAAGUAAAUUGAAAAGUCUCGUGAACAUGUCACCAACUGCCACUUUGACCAUACACAAUGCUGAGUAUACAGGACACCCUGUGGAAUUCGCUGUGUUUUUAAGUUACUGUACUGCAUGUACUGUCACAAAAAGGAUUUACACAGUGAUAUACAAUGAAGACUUGAGAGAGUGGAUAUACCAAGACUUUAAACUAGAUGUCCCUGUCAACAGUUUUUUAGUUCCUUAUUUUCUAUUUUCAGCCAUGCCAGAAGUAGUGCUAUCUGACGGACAUAGGAUCUAUUAUUGUUAUCAAAAUUUCACUGUUUGUGGAAUUAUACAAACUGCUACAGGAAGCAGCAAUCUAUUAUUGUUAUCAAAUAACAGCGUUAUUCAUGACAUUUUUAUGGAUUAUUAUGGGAAUAUCUUAGUAAAAAUGGAAAAUAAUGUGAUUUUUUUUUUCAAGAUUUACAGUAUAGAUACAAUAAAACUGCAUACAUGGUUAAGUGAAAAAAUAAAGUCAUUAUUUCUUCUGAGCACAUCUGGUGAAAUACAUCUCCUGGAGGCUUUGGACAAUGGUACAAUAAAAACAGCGGAAUAUCCCUUAAGUCUGGAAAUACAGAGUGUAGCUUUUAAAGCAAAAGACACAUGCCCAUUCUUGGCAUUUCAUAAUAAUGUUUAUAAUAUGUUUUACAUUAUUGAUAAGAGAGACGUCCUGAAAGUUUGGGCUAAAGUAGUCUAUCCAGAAAAUACUGGUGUGUACAUCCUUGUGGAAACCUACGGUCCACGAAUAUUAACAAUAAAUGAAUACCUUUUCUAUGAAAUUGCAUUAGGAUUCUUCACUAAAACUCUGUUAUUAGGAUUUUCUCAGAGUAUAAAUUAUGAGGCAGCAGAGGAUUACUUCAAGUUGCAAAACGAGAAUACUGGUGCUGUGUUUGUUAAUCUUCGACCUAGUAAAUAUUCAAAAGCAUGCACAGCAUCCCAAAAGGUGUUCCAAAUAGCUGUUGGCUGCGACAUUAGUAAAUUCAUUAGGGUCAAAGGAUUUCACAAAAAGAACUGUCUUCACCAUGACUUUUCUUAUGUGAUUGACAAGUCAUAUCUGAGGGAUCGACCAUCUAAAAACUUGAAAGUAAGAUAUGCCUGGGAACUCUAUGGCUGCCCCAAGAGGCUAAAUUUUACAGAAAAGUUCCAACCUGUGAUUCAAUUAUUCAAUGAAAAUGGUUUCAUUGAAAACAUUGUGGUAAAUUUCAUAAUAUGGGAGAUACAUGGCAGGGAUGACUACAGCUUUGCUAACACAAUGAAGCAGAGUGGCUGUCUCAACGAAGCCCAGACCUGGAAGUCCAUGACCACUCUAAACAACCACCUCCCUUUGGAGGAAGCCUGGGGUCCUGAGAACUAUAGGCACUGCUUUUCUUAUGCUAUUGGAAAACCAGGAGACUUAGAUCAACCAUAUGAGAUUAUCAACAGUACUAAUGGUAACCACUUAGUCUGGCCCUCGGAUCAUUCUGGAUUAUAUGUGUUUCGUGUGAAGAUCCUAGAUCCAAACUACAGUUUCUGUAACCUAACAGCCACCUUCGCAAUAGAGACCUACGGAGCAAUUCCCAGACCAAGUGGCUACCUGGUUGCUGCUUUCAUCUUUAGCCUGAUGCUACUGUUUUGCAGUAUUCUUGUUUUGAGCUACUUCUCAUAUCUGACAAUCUAUAAACAAUGUGUUUAUGAUCCACUUCACAAACCUCAAAGAAAAUCAAAGAAAAAAUAGAAAAACU